AUGGACGGGUACCGGUCCUCUCCCAGUAUUACCCCCCUGCACCAGACCACAUCCACAGUAUAUACGCACCUUCAUACGUCUUUUGCUUAUAAUACCCGUUCAUCCUCCCCGUCCCAUGAUCACCUCUGUCAUUCCAAUGUCCACAUUGCUCAGGCAUUGGCUCCCCGAUCUCAAAGCACGCCGUCUCUGCCCUGUUAUGCACAUUCACCCAAUCAUUAUACACGCACUUCUGCGGGUCGUGUAACCUUCAAGAAACGAGGGGCUUGUGUCGCGCUACACAAGGCUCUUGGUGUGACUUCAAUCUCCCUAUAUAGCCAGACUCCUACAAGCGUCAACCCGCAAGAGACAAUUGUGCAGACUGGACUACAGUCUGAAUUCGCGGCAUACACAGACGCCAUAACCCCUGCUGCCUACUACCACGGCUACGCAGGCUACCCGACGGCCGACGUCAGGCAACAGAUCCCGAGCCAACCAACGGCUCCAGCACCAUCGCUCACAAACUUGAGAGGCCACUCUGGUGCUCAGCAAUCUCCGCAGAAAUUCCUGAGUGCGCGAGACCAGUGCAGAGGCGAUACACCACUAUUUGGGAGAAAGCAAGAGGCUGUUCGAAACAACAAAGCAUUGCCCGCCAACUUCAGCACCGUGAUGAGCGGUCGAGGUUCAUGGGCCGGCGCCGGCGCCCAGCUGCCACUGGCCAGCACAUACCAGCCAGCGCAGGAAUCGCGGGAGCAUAGCAUGAGCCCGUCGUAUAACUCGCGCCCGGCUACGGAAGAUGUCGUGUUACCCAUGGGCGUCACUGAGCAACUGGGCACGCUCCAGUACCAUGACGCCGAUGGAAACCCCACGGGCACUACAAUCAGUGCCGACAUCUCGGCGCAAAUCCACAAAAACUUUUUCUUUGGCGAAAAGCACUACACAUGCUAUCGCAGAAACUAUAUGGCAUGCAUCUGCUCGUACGAGCUGACGCCGUACUUUCCUGGGGUGCAAAUACACUUCACACCAAUGGGCAGCUCAGAAGCGCUUCCCAUUGUAGGCUUUGCCAUGACCAUCUCGGCGUGUGUCUCCAAGCACCCGCAUCAGGAGGUUAUCAUCCUCCAGCACACCCCGAAGCGCGACAAGGGGCCUAUUGCCCAGCCAUGCAAGCAACCAUUGGGCCCCAAAAACAGGCGUGCCCUUGGGACACCACCUCACAUGGGUGGUAGUCUUCAUGAGGCUGCUCAAGCAGUGCGUCCGGUCUUCUCGGACAUUUAUGGGACGACUGAGACGCAGUCGCAAAACAGCGGGAUGCACAUCAGCAGUCUGCCAACAGAGCACAACUUUGAUCGCAUCCAGUUCAAGACGGCGACCGCGAACAAUGGGGAGCGCAGGGCUGGUCAGCAAUGCUACCAGCUGGUCGUCGAGCUGUGGGGAGAUCUGGGGCCCACCAACCCCGACCGCCGCUGGGCUAAGCUCGCGAUCAAGAGGUCGUGCGAGGUUGUGGUGCGAGGUCGAUCGCCCGGCCACUACCAGAAAGAGCGACGCAAGAGCUCGGGUAGUGGCGGCGGCGGGGGGCCCUCGCCGCACGGAAACUACGGCGGCGGUGGUAACGCGGGCGUGAGCGACUACAGCGCGGGCGGCAUGAUGCCCACCGUCAACGGCUACGCAGCGCCAGGCUCAUAUGACCACCGCGGCGGCGGCAGCAUGUACACCAACAAUGGUGGCCAAAACCGUCGCGACAUGGGUCCCUACUCGCUCGAGCCCAAAGCCACCUACAGCGACAACAGGUUUUUUCCCUCGUCGUACACGAACCCGUCUCCGUACGCAGACGCCGGCUUCUACGGGCAGCAGGCUGCGCAAGCGAACAGUGUGCUGCCGCGCCCGGAGCGCAUGGGGCUUGACCGCUGCAACGUCAGCAACGCGGGCUCCCCCACUGGCGUUUUGCCCCCUUUGGCCGUGCCUUCCAUGAUGGCGGGAAGCUUCAUGCCGAGUUCAUAA